AUGGAGUCAGCUAUUAUACGAUUCGCCCAGGCGAACAUCGGCCACGUUCGCCUGGCUGGCUUGUUCUUUUGCGCACUCUACGUGGCGGUGCGGUUAUCAUGUCUGAUAUGUGCAACUGAGACCAAUUACUGGAUGUGGAUGAUAUGGAUCUUUGAAACCCUCUGGACAUACCAGUCCCUGACCAUAGAACUUCCUAGACGGAUUGGGCAAACGUCAAAGCGGCUUCAUCUAGCCAGGAAUCAUGCGUUGCCUUCAGUAGACAUUCUGCUGCCGUGCUGUGGUGAACCAAUAGAUAUUAUUCGCGAUACCAUACGCGCGGCGUGUGUCAUUGAUUACCCCCAAUCCGCAUUCCGGAUUCUCGUCUUGGAUGAUGGAAACUCUCUCGAACUACGACAGUCGGUGGAAGAGUUGCGCCAUACCUGGCCAAACCUUCUUUACUAUAGCAGAGGAACUAAACCGAGCCAGAAAGUCUUUGCGAAAGCAGGAAACCUGAACAUUGGCAUAUUUGAUAUCCAGGGAGCAAUGGACAAGCCGCCCGAGUUUAUCGCCUCGUUCGAUUCGGACUUUCUGCCUGCUCCCAACUUUCUGCGAGCCACGCUUCCUCAUCUGUUGGGCGAUGAGAAUGUUGGACUUGUAGCUGCCAGGCAAGACUACUAUAACCUUCCCCCAGGGGAUCCGCUUGGUCAAAGUCUGGCAAUUUAUUGGGAGGUAUUUUUGCCCAGGAUGAACGAAAUGGGGACGAGUAUAGCAUCAACUACAGGAUGUGUUAUGCGCCGCGAUUUAGCCGUCAAAGUGGGCGGAUUCCCGACUGUAAACGAAGUGGAGGAUAUCACUCUAUCGAUGACUUUGCCAGCGUAUGGGAAGCGUGUCGUAGCCCUCGACGAAAUGCUGCAGCUUGGACGCGUGCCAUCCUCGUUGGAAGGUCAUGUCCGGCAGAACCGACGAUGGAUCACUGGCUUGACACAGCUGAUCGCUACUCCCUGGGCACCAUCCAGGCAGUCUAUCCCGAUUUUGUCGAGAUACUACAUGGCUUUGUCUGGGAUUCAGUGGCUUUGGUCACCUCUGAGUCAGAGUGUCGGUUGUGCAAUAAUCGCUCCUGCGUUAAUAUCACGCCAGGCGCUUGUGCCACCCAAUCUACUCCAGGUCCAGACCCCAUUAUCAUUGGUAGCUUUCGGACUCGUUUUCCUGUACGAAUGGCUCAAGGCUGCAGCAACCGGGUUUCGCUUGUCCGCAUUUGCUCAUCUUUAUGAUCUGUGGUUAUGUGCAGACCGACUGUAUACUCUCAUUCAAUAUCAUAUUCUCGGUUCACAGGCUGGUAGGUCCUUAGUGACUGGCAGUGCCGAGAACAACUGGAACAAUCCCACCAAAGUUCCCACGCGAAUGAGACAGUUGAAAAGGGAUCUAUGGGAUUCCGGGGUUGGCUUCAACGUCCUUUUCGUGUUUGGUGCCCUCGUGGGGGUUUUCCAUUCGGUACUGGGCGCUAUCGAGAGAUAUUCCGAUUGGCAGUUUCAUACGAUGACCACCUUGCUGUACCCUCCUGUUGUUCUUAUGUGCUACAUAAGUCUUACCUGUCACCUAGUCCCACUGUUAUGCGUGAUAUGGCCGCCUCAGUAUCCUCCUCGGAAAGCAGUCCUACAAACUCAUCCGAGUGACCCCCGUGCCGUAUUCCCCUCGGAGGCAGUUCGACAGUACAACGUGCGCCAGAGGCAUGCGCCUCUCGGUUAUCGUCGACAUCUAGUAUUAAUUCCGGUUUAUGUCACGUUCAUGACCAUGUUUUAUUUUUUGUAUCUGUGA